AUGUCUUCAGAAGUCGAAAAUGGCAGCAGUGUAAUUGCUGAAUGGAAGCAGAAGCGUGAAACAGAACUUGCAGAAAGAGACGAGGCAGAUGCAAAGGCAAAGGAAGAAUUGAAGGAGGAAGCAAUUAAGCACAUUGAUGAAUUUUACGAGAACUAUAAUCGUAAGAAAUCUGAACAAUUAGAAGGUGUGAGAAAAGAAGCUGAAGAAUUUCAAAAGAACAGGGAUGAAUUCUCAUUACAAGAAGGUACAACUACAUGGGAUCGUGUAUUGCAAUUGAUCAACGAAGAUGAUGCUGAUCAAGUUGCAGGUAGGGAUAAGUCUAAGUUUAAGGAGAUUUUGCAGAGACUAAAGGGCAAUACUGCAGCACCAGGGGCAUAA